AUUUGACGGCUAUAGCUGGAAAUCCAACUUAUUACUACGGCAAGUGUCGGACCAAGCGGUUCGGUUGGUUUCAGGUGCAGGUUUCGGGAUUUAUCGAGCAUAGUAUUCAAGUUCAGGACUUUAGUGCGUGAGUGCGUUGCGAAAUCGGUGGUGGACUCGGUGCGAAGUGAUCUGCAGAAUCGUGGACGAAUAUUGAAGUGAUAUCUACAGUGGAAUUUGCUGCAGUUGAGUGGUUCCAGAGGUUUGUGAUCGAAAAUCGAGGACGUACCAAGGAUUGACGGCGAGCAAGAUGCCUCGGAGUAACGGAGGCCUCGAGUACCUGAUCAAGCUCGGUUACACCUUGGUGUUCGUGACGGUGGGGCUGAUGAUCUGGGCUUCGCUAGCCAGGGCACGGGAGAUCGACAUUUCACAGCAUCCACCCUGCUCGUUCAACGCCCUUUGCACAUGCUCCAAAAGCGCUCCGGAUCUGGGCGUCGUGGACUGUCGCCAUGUGCACUUUCCUGCGAUACCGAAGAUCAUCAACGGUUCCAAGCUGUUCAUGCUGCACAUGGACGACACCGGGCUUCGCGAGUUGGAACCAUACUUCUUCCAAGCUACCGGGUUGUACAAACUGGACGUGUCAAACAAUCCGAUCACGGAAAUACCCGAUGAAGCCUUCUACGGCUUGGAACGAUCCCUCUGGGAACUGGUCCUGGAGAACAAUGAGCUCAUAGAGGUGCCAUCGCGAGCAAUUCGGGACAUGAAGAAAUUACGCCUGUUGGAUUUACGAGGCAACGAAAUUUCCACCGUCGAGUCCGGUGCGUUCCGAGGCUUGGAAAAAUCCCUUCAGACGCUGAUUUUGGCCGACAACUCAAUCUCACAGUUUCUACCGGGCAGUGUUAGCGGUCUACCUAACCUGGAUAGCAUCGACCUCAGUGGGAACAACUUGGCCCAGGUGGACUCCGCCGCAUUCAAAGACGGCCUUGAUAAACUUUCCAAAGUCUUCCUGGGCAAUAAUCUCCUCACCGACAUCCCGUACGGUGCCCUUCAACCGCUUCGGCUACUUCGUGCUCUGGAUUUGUCCCACAAUCUGAUCCGGACGCUCAGCCCCGACGAGGACGACGUCAAAGUGAACUACAAGCUGACCCUGGACGUCCUACAGUUGCAGUACAACUCGAUCGAGGAAAUACCGUCCGAAUCGUUCAGGUUCUUCGACACCAUCAACUCGACCUUCCUGGACGGUAAUCCGAUCAAUCACAUCGAUGACAACGCCUUCCGGCAGGCCAAGAUCCGCGAGCUUUACAUUCGACACUGCGGUUUGGACUUCAUCUCGCCGGACGCGUUCGCCGGAUUGGAAACUUCGCUGCAGGUGCUGGAUCUUUCCGGGAACAAUUUGACCCAUCUGGCUGACGAUUUGUUCCACGACUUCGACUAUCUAAGAUUCCUGAACCUCAAGGACAACGUCAUCAAGCAGUUUGACCAGCGAAACAUCUCCCCCUUCGCCGGUCUCAACCUCUACAAACUGGACACGACCGGUAACCAAAAUCAGCCCUUCACCCUGAAGGAACUGUCCACCAUGAAGAACCUCCGCUCGCUCGCGACGUCUCACCUCCAAUCCAUGUCGCUGAACGCCGAAGACUUCACCGACUUCAGCCCCGAACUGGAGGAACUCAAAAUUACCCGCGCCGGUCUAAAGUCCAUCAAAAACCGAGCCUUCACCAACCUGCGCGGCCUGAAGCGGCUGGAUCUCAGUGAAAACCGAAUCGACAGCAUCGAAGCGAAUGCCUUCAACGAAAUCGGUCACACCCUGGUUUCGCUUCGCAUUUCCCACGGUUUGGGCAUGCAGUUGUUGCAAAUUCCGCACGAAUCAUUCCGCCAACUGACGGCCCUGGAAGCGCUGGAUCUGAGCAACAAUAAGCUGAAAACGCUCAACGAUAACAGUUUCCACUUUAUGAAGAAUCUCGUUAGUCUGGAACUGCAUGACAACCAGAUCGAUAGCCUGCAGAAGGGCACCUUCCAGUCGGACAUCCACACCAAACUGACGAUGAUUUCGCUGCGAUACAACAACCUCAAGCAGAUGCAGACGCACUCAUUUGUGGAUCUGGAAGACCUGAACGCCAUCUAUCUGGACGACAACCGGAUCGAGACGAUCGAAAAGCGAGCGUUUAUGAAUCUGGACGACCUGAAGCUGCUGAAUCUGAGGGGCAACAAACUGAGCAAGAUAGCGGACGAGGCAUUCCAGAACCUCCCGGAGUUAGAAAAACUAGAUCUGGCCUACAAUUCGCUGCCCUCCUUCGACUUUGACUAUUUCGAUCAGGUCGGUUCGUUGACAUCGCUGGAGGUGGACGUCAGCCAUAAUCGCAUUAAGGUGCUCGGGGAAUCGGCUGACCAGAACGCAAACGAAUCCUCUCCAAUGCAGUCGGCGCAUGCCAACAACGGCCGCGAGCACGUGGUCUCUCAUACCAACAUCAAAACGUUGGAUCUAUCGAACAACAACGUUAGCAAAAUCGUCGGUGGCUAUUUCAAGCCAGUGGAACUAUCAUUGAUGAAACUUUCAUUGGCCGGUAAUCGGAUUAGCUACAUCAGUCGAGACGUGUUUGGAAAUAUGCAACAUUUGCAGUGGUUGAAUCUGGAGAGCAACAUGAUCAACGAUGUCGAUUUCGAUACGUUUAAAAAUACGAAAAAAUUGCAGGUAUUGAAAUUGUCCAACAACAUGAUUUCCGAUAUCCCUACGGACCUAUUCCGCAAUGUUUACGGUCUUCGGGUGCUUGAAAUGGCAUACAACAACUUGAAAUAUUUGCCCGACGGUCUGAUUUUGGAGGAAGGUUUGGAGAAGUUGGAUCUGUCCCAUAAUCAGUUUACGAAGAUUCCGGUGACCUCUCUGUCCAACUUGGCCGCUUUGGCACUCUGCGAACUUGAUCUAAGCCACAACCACAUUGGAGCUAUUCACAGUAUUGAUUUGUCCAAUAAAUUUAGGUCCCUUUCCGUUCUGGACUUGUCCAACAAUCGACUGGUCCGGUUGGAGGAUGCUGCAUUUGCUACCCUCCCACGUCUAUCACUGCUCGAUCUAUCUCACAACGACGAGCUUGAAGUGAUGGGAAAAGCCUUCAUAGGUCUGGAAAACAGUCUCAUCGAGCUGCGUCUAAAUAACGUUUCACUUAGUGCCGUCCCAGAGCUAUCCAAUCCAUCGCUACGUGUUCUUAAAAUAUCGCACAACGAUCUGCCGUCCAUCCCACCGGAGCUAGCAGCCAAUAUGUCAUCUCUGCGGGAGCUUGAUCUGUCCGAGAAUGACCUGACCCACGUCCCACUGAUCACCCAUUCGUUGCCCAAUUUAAAAUCGCUAUCCCUGGCUGGAAACCCCAUCACUACCAUGACGAACACCAGCCUUCUCGGAGCUGCCGACACCCUGGAACACCUUGACAUAGCCAAUCUGAACCUGAACGGAAUUGAGAAUGGCGUCCUCAACAAGCUGCACUUCCUGAGAACCCUGCGGAUAUCAACCUAUCCGAACAUCCAACACUUUAAUAUUCCUCGAAUUCUGGAGAACGCCCAUAAUCUACGAGAACUGUGGAUCGAAGCUCCAAAACCACCAUCGCAUGAUCGCUCGGGGUCGUCAUCUGCUGUUCCAAAAACUCCGAAACCAGUCUCACUUCCAUCGAGCGAUAUGCGCAGAGAGAUGGAAGGCAUUCUACCACGUAAACUGAAAAGUAUCACCUUCAGCGGUUCCGGAUUCAACCGUCUAGCGGACAACGUCCUCAAGGGAAUUCAAACAGCUAGCCUGCAUGUAUCUUUGUACAAUACCUCCAUGGCAGACUUACCCAACAACUUCUUCAAAAACAUCGGAAAGAGUGUUCGGAACAUUUCUCUAGACUUGGAGUUCAACAACGACCUGCUGAAAGCACUUCCCAAUCCUAACUCCGCUCACUACUUGCACCUGCCAGAGCACGUGUUCCUAACCGAUCUACGAAUCUCCGGAAACUCACUGUCAUGUGACUGCGAAAUUGGUUGGAUCGAAUUUUGGCAACGGAAGCGCCGUCAGUACAUGUGUCCUGCUCAACCGUGGACGGAGAACAGCAGCUUCAACAGCUACUACAAGCAUCAGAUGAGUGCGCUGAUGGCGCACGCCAGUGACGAUUGCGAAGAUUCGGCCGACAAUCUGCGGGAAGCCACGUGCAGCAACAAGAAGGACGAAAGUCUGCUGGAGGUGCUGAAAAAAGACCUGGAAUGUGGGUGGGGAAGUGCAGCGACCAAGCUGGGAAUCAUACCGGCGAUAGCCUUCGUGUCGGUGUUUGUCGUUCUGCUGAUCUGACUUAUCCGGUAUCUGUUCAAAAUGUACAGCGAGUUCUAUGAUUAUCUGGAGCAACUCUACGGUGACCGAAGUGCCACGAAUGGGUCCGCUGCAGCCGUUUCCUACGUGGACGAUACGUGCGAUUACGACCUUGAACUGGAGGAACUAUAGAGCUCGGGAUGUCAUUGUUUUGCGUUUCGUCAUUUUAGUCAUUGUUUUUCUGUUUCGUUGAAUCCUAUUUUAUCAGUUGAUUGCAAAGGAACGUUUGUUUUAACUUUUAGCUUUUUAGGGUGUUUUUUUUUUUUAUUAUGAAUGUUUUAGCAUUCCAACGGUGAAUUCAAUGUGCCAAGUUGUUUAUAGAAUAAAGCAACGGUUUAGUAAAAAAAAA